UUUUAAGUAAUGGUUAUAAAUAGAUCUUUUUUUAAUGGUGUUUUAAGAUGAAACUGGACGAAAUCUUUCGAAAUAAACACCAAAAAAUAUACGGAAUCAAAAAACACGGCCGUUUGAUCCAUUCCACCUCUUAAAUACGGCACUUUACAUCUACAGGAAACAAAUCAACGGAGUUUUUGUAUUAUCUUUUAAAUUCACCUAAACCACAUAAUUUAAACGAAGUUAUCACUGUAAAUAUUGAUAUUUUAAAUUCGAACCACGUCAUACUAACAGGAAAUUACAGUUGCUGUUAAUAUGGAUAAGUCGAGAGGUUUAAAUUUUUUCGAACUCUGUAGACUAUGUCUGAAUGAGCAUGGAACUGUUGAUGUUUUUCAUACGAAUCAUCUCGCUGAGGAGAUAUUUUUGCUGACCACGAUCACAAUUUCUACGAUGGAUAAACUACCACAAAAAGUAUGUCAGAAAUGUGUAGAUGUAAUACAAGAUGCAAAUAAACUGAGAAAUUUGGCUCUAAGAAAUGAGUCUAAUUUGCAAUGCCUGUUUGGCGAUGAAAGUAGGGAUGAAAUUACAGAUGAGUUGAAUCAAAUCAAGAGUCACAUAGUGAAUAAUUUCAAUGAAAACGAGUCAACAGUUGAAAAGGUUAAAAACAAAAAAGACAAAAGAAAAAAUGAAAAUAACUCUACACAUCAUCAGCAAACGUUGCCGGAAAGAAAUACUUCAAGGAACAAGACGAAAUCAGAAACACAUUUAAAGAGCAAGCGACAGCGUGACUCCGAAAAUGAAGACGUCUUAUAUGUGUGCGGGGAUUGUAAUAAAAACUUCGAGACGUGGAAGAAACUGUACCACCACCAGCGGUCGCACACCAAGAGCAUGGCGUGUCCGCUGGAGGCCUGCGGGAAGGCGUUCGCAACUAAAGGCGAUCUAGAGAAACACAAGCGCACGCAUACCGGAGAGAAGCCUUACCAGUGCGAGAUAUGUGAGAAGUGUUACACACAAAGAGUCACGCUAAAAGUCCACAAGGAAACGGUCCAUGGAGUGGAGGCUACCGCAGCGACCAGUCGGGACCAUUCUAAACCGGCCAGUGGUCAAGGGACCACGAAACUUGGUGCAAAGUUAAAAAACACCUGAACUCUUUGGAGCCCUCCAAAGAUAUUGAGUCGAUUUUGAAAAAACUCCUAAGAGUUGAAUGUACCCCGAAAAAUAAAUGAAAAUAAUUUCGUUGCUAUAACUUUAAUUAUGUCAGUGUUAUCUAGUUAUGAAAAUCAAUAAUCUACGUAGCUCAAAUCCUCUUAAUCAUGAUGUGAAGGUGCGGGAAAAAAUACACUGUAAUCAACUCGUAACUUUGAGUUUUGUUUCGAUCUUUUAUAAAAUAAUUUAUCUUUAAUCAAAGGUUUUUUAGUGUACUUUGAAAAUAACUGGCUACUUUGUGUAUUCAUUAUUUUUUUAAGUGUAUUUUAAGAGCACAUUAAACUUAUCAGUUUUCAACAAGAACCAGUCUUCAAUCUCAGAUAUAAUAUUUUGACUUGUUUUACAAACUUUUCUAGGAAAUCCGUUUAUUGUAUGAACAUUUGUAUACAUGACUAGAUUUUUAAAAAAGCCUCUAUUUUUUAUUUUACUUAGUAUAUUUUAGAAUAUUUUUAAAAUAGAACUACUUUUGUAGUAGUGGACAGUGGCAUGGCUUUGCCCGUGGCAUGUCCAUGAGCAAUGGGAGCAAUUACUAUUGUGGGGGCCGUAUGUAUAUCAGCCUACAAGGGCAAUAAAAAAACUGCAUCUCUAGAGAUCAUCUCUAGUUGCAUUAUUUAUUUUCAAAGAAACGUUUUUUAAGCAAAGCUUGCUAAGAUUUGAGGGAUACACUUUCAAGAAAUUCCCUCCUGUAGGUAGUAUAAUUCUCUCUGAAAAAUCAAACAUUGUUUUGCAAGUUUUUGUUAAUUCGCUCUUUAUUUCUGUUGGUGAAUUGUACUUAAUAAUAAGGUAAAUUAUAAACAAAAUGUUUAAAAUUGUUCCGGAAUCUGAUGAUAUUGGAAGAAAUGCGAAGAAAUUGUCGAUAUCGAUAUAUUACAAAAAAAAAAUUACCUUUUGUCAUUUCCAGCUCCGUCCGAAUACUAGAACCAUAGAAGCGAAAUAAAAAAAAUUAUAAUAU